AAAGGUUGUCUCCUUUUUUAAAAUCACUCUCUCCUUUUCUACUGAACUAAGCAAAAGAGAUCAUAGAGGAAUCAUUCUCCUGUUUUCUACAAAUUUUUUGGUUCAAUGAUGGCUCAAGUUUACUCUUCUACUUCUCAGAUGAUCUAUACGGUGAAUCCCAUUGCUAGUGACCCUUCUUCGCGAAGGUCGAUGAUGAAGGUCUUUAUCAUUUUUUUUCUGAGUAACAUUUUAGCUUCAGUUUUUCAAUUUUGAUUGGGUUGAAUAUAUUUGAAGGACAGAAUUGUUUAAUGGGUACGAUUGAUUUUUUGUUUUGAUGUUCGAGAACUGUUCUGUACCUUUUUUUUUUUUAUAAUUUUGUUCUUAAGGCAAGAUUAAGUUUUGGAUCGUUGACUAAUUGUACCUUUACUGUUGUUCCUGAAUGGGUUUCUCGUUUGUUGAUUUUUGGACUCUUCAUGUGUCCUAGGCUUCAUUUUUAUAAAAUUCAUAUAUAAGUAUAUUUGAUGUGCUGGUAUCUGUCUUAACAUAUUUUUGGUAGAUUUACAGAGAUGUAAAUCAACUACUUCUUGAUCGGAAUUCCUGGUAUUGAACAAAUGGGAAGUAAAUUCAAGAACAGAACUUUGCGGGUCCUUUUGGAGAUUCUUUUUAACACAAUAGGAUGUCGAUUAAGGUCUGAGUUGUGAUUUUGCUUCAACUGUCGUGGGACUUUUGACUUGCAACCUCUGAUGUUUGGGUUUUUGAGCAAGGUUUUAAAUUGGUUGUUUUUGAGAGUAGGGCUAAACAAGAACAUUAAGGGUAUGAGGAAAAAUGAGAAAGCCAUGUUGAUUCCCUUCAUGAGUGCUCUAAAUAAUGAGCUGAAAAUUACAAAGAUAACAUAGCUCUAAAAAUCUCUGAAAAGUAUCUUAAGUUCUAGAUAUAAACCUUUUUUUUCCCCCAGAGAGUCAAGUAAAUAAAACAUUUUGGAGACAAAGUCAUGUUAAUGUAUAACCAAUAGUAGGCACCCUGUACAUUCUUUUCAGUCUCUGUUUUGGGCCCUGAUAUCUGUGGAUAUGUGUCUUCUGACGGUAAUGGCCAUAACAUGGUAGUUUUCUCACCAUAGUAGCUUUUGGGUUCUGGUUUUUUGUGGAUUUUUUCUAGUAGCUGAAUUGGCAAGUUCCGUAGCUGAAUUGGCAAGUUCCUUGUGGAAAAUUUGAUAUCAUAUUAUAUUUGGAUGUUCAUAACGUUACUGUUCUUGUUGACCCCAUUAAGUAAGACUGGUGCCUUUCUUUUGGAUGGCAGAUGUUUGGGGUUUUGGGUCAACCAUGCAUAAUUUUAUUUCGACAGUUCAAAUAUCUAGUCUCUAGGCCAUGGAUGUGUCAAAUGUGAUCUAACUACAGUUACAUCAGUAAUAAGAUCUAUUGGAGUUAAUUUGAUUCUUUUGCAGGCAAACAAUGUUAAUUUUUUUUCUGGAUCAAGGAUACCUGUUCUGGACUUCAGCUGCAAACAUAAGUUCAGAAGUCAACGUAUUCAUUGUAUGUCAGUACAACAAACAAGCAUACCCAAGGUUGCAGUUUCGCCGCUAUCACUCGAAGAUGCGAAAGAACCUCCCAUGCACUUGUACAAACCGAAGGAGCCAUAUACAGCAACCAUUGUUUCAGUGGAGAGGCUUGUUGGACCAAAAGCUCCGGGGGAAACUUGUCAUAUUGUGAUUGAUCAUGAUGGUAAAAUGCCUUACUGGGAAGGGCAAAGUUAUGGCAUCAUUCCUCCUGGUGAAAAUCCAAAGAAGCCAGGCAGUCCCCACAAUGUUCGUCUAUACUCUAUUGCUUCUACUCGAUAUGGUGACAAUUUUGAUGGCAAAACAGCAAGUUUUUGUGUCCGACGAGCUGUGUAUUAUGACCCUGAGACUGGAAAAGAAGAUCCCACUAAAAAGGGUGUAUGCAGCAACUUUCUUUGUGAUUCAAAGCCUGGGGACAAAGUUAAGAUCACAGGUCCUUCUGGGAAGAUUAUGCUUCUGCCUGAAGAUAACCCAAAUGCAACUCACAUCAUGAUAGCAACUGGCACUGGUGUGGCUCCAUACAGAGGCUACCUUCGUCGUAUGUUCAUGGAAUCUGUCCCAACUUUCAAGUUUGGUGGCCUUGCUUGGCUCUUCCUUGGGGUGGCUAAUGCCGACAGUCUACUAUAUCAUGAUGAGUUCUCUAACUAUCUCAAGGAUUAUCCAGAUAAUUUCAGAUAUGACUUAGCUCUUAGCCGAGAGCAGAAGAAUAAGAAUGGAGGCAAAAUGUAUGUUCAGGACAAAAUUGAAGAAUACAGUGAUGAAAUCUUCAAACUCCUGGAUAACGGAGCACACAUUUAUUUCUGCGGGCUUAAGGGCAUGAUGCCCGGAAUCCAAGAGACUCUCAAGAGAGUUGCCGAGCAAAGAGGGGAGAGUUGGGAUGAGAAGCUCUCACAACUCAAAAAGAACAAACAAUGGCAUGUGGAAGUCUAUUGAUGAUAUUUUAUGCGGAGGCCAAAUCAUUCCUCCACCCAAGGGGAGGUAACAUCUUCCUCUUAGGCCAGAUAUCAUUUUGUUUUGGUUCAUAGUUGUAUCGGACUUUUACAAUGUAUUCUGUAUACAUCAGCAUGAUCAAAAGCGAUGAUACGGAAGCAACUUCCAGUCUCCUUUGAUACGUUCGUGCGUUAUAUUUUGGGGACUUCUAUCUGCAUCAUGAGUAGUAAUACGCUGUUAAUAGUUUUACAUUCCCUUCUUGGGGAAUAAUUGUUCAGUUAUUGGGGUUUUCUCAUUGCGAAUGUAUUGCCGAUUUGUUCGAGGUGUGUGUAGAACAAUCCCAGAGGCAUCAUAUCUAGAGUGUAACUGUUUGAUUUAUGGUUGGUGUUGCAAAUAGCUGAAUUUUUUGGUCUUGAUGAUGAAUGCUUGGGUGAUUUACAAGUUUCAUAAAACACAGGAUUAACUUCGCUGGGGAGAAGUUAGACUGUACUGCUAUCUGUAGCCCCGUCCUAGCUGAAAUCGAUCUUUUGCCUCGGUUGUGAUUUACAAC